UAUGUGCUGAUCGUCCCCACUUAGCGAAAGCUUAAAAACAUAGAUUUCAGUUUUUCACUUCACUUCCACCCCGGUGCUUCGCAGCAUUAUUGAAUGAGAAUCUCAGCAAAACAAUGGCUUCGCCACCGCUGCCAAAGGUUGAACUCCGAGAGCUCGGCAACACAGGCCUCAAGCUCAGCUGCGUCGGCUUCGGCGCCUCACCUCUCGGCAACGUCUUCGGUCCCGUCUCGGAUGACGGAGCCAUCGGCUCCGUUCGCGAAGCCUUCCGCCGAGGCAUCAAUUUCUUCGACACCUCUCCGUAUUAUGGAGGGACUUUGUCAGAGAAGGUGCUUGGUAAAUCGCUAAAAGCUCUAGGUGUUCCUAGAAGCGAGUACAUUGUGGCAACCAAGUGUGGACGCUAUGCUGACGGUUUUGAUUUUAGUGCGGAUAGAGUGACUAAGAGCAUUGAUGAGAGCUUGGAGAGGUUGCAGCUAGAUUAUGUCGAUAUUCUGCAAUGCCAUGAUAUAGAAUUUGGGUCUCUAGACCAGAUUGUAAACGAGACAAUCCCUGCCCUAAAGACACUGAAAGAAGCCGGGAAGAUUCGUUUCAUUGGUAUCACAGGACUUCCAUUGGGAAUUUUCACAUAUGUUCUUGAUCGCAUACCAGCUGGCACGGUGGACGUCGUCCUGUCAUAUUGCCACUUCGGUAUUAAUGAUUCAACAUUGGAGGAUUUACUACCAUACCUAAAGAGCAAAGGUGUUGGAAUCAUUAGUGCUUCUCCGCUUGCAAUGGGUCUGCUUACUGAGAGUGGUCCUCCAGAAUGGCACCCGGCAUCUGCUGAACUGAAGGCUGCUUGCCUAGCUGCUGCUGUCUAUUGUAAAGAGAGAGGGAAGAAUAUUUCAAAGUUAGCUCUGCAAUACAGUUUGUCCAAUAAGGAUAUCUCAUCAGUGCUGGUCGGCAUGAACUCUGUUAUUCAGGUUGAAGAAAAUGUCGCUGCUGCUGUGGAGCUUGCGACCAUUGGCAAGGAUGAGAAAACUCUAGCAGAGGUUGAAGCUAUUCUGAAACCGGUGAAGAAUCAGACAUGGCCUAGCGGAAUCCAGCAGAGCUGACAAUUUUGCUCUUCUAUGGAGGUUAAGAGGAACAUGAGACUACCGGUAACUUAUAUCACCAUGUGAUCUUGUCCUGUUUGAUUUCUGUUCCUUGAUUUCUAUUGCCUAAGAUGAAGGUAUGUUACGAGGUUGCUAAUUUGCACAUUCUAUUAGGAUUGAAGAGUUGGGGACAAUAGAUUCUACCCGGUUCUAUGGCUUUUUACUAGCAUCAACAGAUGAUCAUGUCAAGUGAAUGAAUUACCUAUUCACUCCUGUCACAUUGAUGUAACAUAGAAAACCCUUUCUUUUUAUUAUGUUAUAAAAUGUCUACAUUUAUUAAAGAUCA